AUGGAUGACUUCUGGUGGGGCAACAACGACAAAAAGAUUGAAUUCACGUCCAACCAUCUCCCGGCCGCCGGUCGCGCAGGCCGUCCAGCAGCAGCAACACCAGCAUCAUUGAACCCGCUGACUCCAUUCCUCUAUAUCAGGCCUGCUGUCCUCCCAUCACCAGCACCCAGCGACGAGCCAAGCCCCUCGGUGUCGAACGUGCUCGAUAGCCCGAACACCCACUCGAUCUCCUUGACUGAUACCCGCAACAUGGGAUCCACUGCCGUCUCGACUCCAACUGCACUGCCGGUUACCGAGGCCCGGUUUGUCCAUGAACCUUCCCAUGCUCCUGACUUGCAGGAGGUGCCGAGACAAGCGACCGCGGGCUCGAGCGUCGUCCCUGAGAACAGUAACCACUUCGGAAGCCAAGCCUUCCAGCUUUCUACACACGAAUAUCGAAAUGGACAGGGCGGGCAGAGCAUAACACUGGCUUCCGCAGGUCCUGCCCCGGCGCGUGGUCCGGUUCCGCCCCUCAAGAAGCGGCGCACAGAUCCGCAAGUGCCUACUCUUGCACCUACCACAGCCAAUUGUUCGUCACUGCUCUCCAUCCUGAAUGACUAUGUUCAGUGUAAUGGAGGAGACGAUGCUCUCGAAUCCAACGUCGACAACGUCGUGAAACCACGGGUGAUGCUCCUCCGGGAUGCCUGCCAUCGCGAAGAUGAAUUCUUCAUCGUUCUGCAUCAGGUGUUCGCUAUGUGGUCCCUAAAUCCACACGAUGCCUACCAACGUCUCCCACAAGCACCGCAGAUCAUUGACAGCGCUUUUGCCAUACUCGAGACUGUGCUUAAGAAGAACCAGCUUCUAUCGCGGCCCUUUCAGCUGUGGUUUGCUCGGUUUCCCGUGAGACCUGAGCAGUUCGGCCGAGGACCCAUCGGCGGCACUGAUGUGAUUAAUCGCAUUGCGGCAUUCCUGGGCAACCUCAGCAGAGAAUACACGUCUUUGAUGACUGCAUCGCUGCAGCGACGGUACCCUCUUCUGGUAGACGAGCUGCUGUACCGGCUACACUGUUAUUCCCCAGUCUUGCAGUUCAUAUUCUUUACUGCUUCUAGGAGAAGGUUGGGCGUGCCAGAUGGCCAUCUCGGGGGUCAGAUUGACAGAGCUUUCCGCGACGAUCAAGAAAAUCAUCGAAGCGACCUUUCCGGGGUUCAGAUUCUGCAGCCUUUCAACCACCCUGGGGAGAUCGACCGUCGGAAUGCUGCUCUUAUCGACUAUUUCAAGGGUAUCGUCGAGUCCGCCGUGCCGUUCCGCGGCGGGCCAAAUGCACAACGGAACCUCGGGUCCCCCCCCAUUCCCGGCGCGCCGUCACCCAUCAGCCCCCUGCAAGCAGGAUUCCGUGACCCCUUACUUUCCAUGCAGACUACACAGCAGCAUGCACAGCAGCACCAAGCUGCCUUUGCUCCUCAAUCUGCUGCAAAUGCCUACCCGCCGAUGUUCCCAAGCUCUGCCAUACCGGUGCCGUCUUUACCGUCGAUGAUGGCGCCGUUGAAUCCUUAUGGACAUCAACAAGGGCAGAGCACUGCAGGAACAAUGCAAAGGGGCCCGCCAAGGCAUUCUCAACCUCUCACAUCACAGGGACAGCCUCUCUUCAACCCGAGGCAGUAUUAUCCUGUUGCUGCGGGUAGCAGCGUCUCGAGCCAGCAGUCGCAUACGCAGGCGUCGCAAUAUGCCUCCCAGCAGCAGCAACUUAUGGUGCAAAGACAGCAACAACAAGCCCUGCAGCAGUUCAAUCAGCAGCAAUAUCAACGAAACUUGCAGGCAGCCGGAAGCUUGUUUGUCCAGGCCAGUCACCAGGCUACAGUAGCACAGUCUUCGACCGGCGCGACUCGAGCUUUGUACGGAACCCAGUCCAUGAGAAACACCCAACCGCAACAGUCGCAGUACAUCCCCGGGGCCCAACCAGCGCAGCCAUCUGUGGCUUCUGCCCGGCCUGCUGCUAGCCAAAACUCUGCUGGCUCCUCAGCCCGCGUUAAUCAGAGAGCACCAGAUCAGACAGAGCGUGACGCUUCUCAGAGGAAUCAACUUUUGCAGGCACAGGAUCCUUUGUUCCCUCCCAGAGGCGCCUUCAUCAUGCGGCCAGACUGGCCAUACGACCCAUCAGAUAAGAAAUCGAUCAUGAUGUCGCUCCAUCAGGCUCAUGUUCGCAGCCCCAAGCGGGUCAUCAAAGACGGUGAGAAAGAACGCUUGUACCAGGCUAUGAGGACAUUCUCGGUUGCACCUGCACCCUUGGCACCCAAGGACACGCUGUAUGAUUUCCGCUUUCAGGUUACUGAGGAACAGUUUGCCCUGGCAGCGACCAAAUUUAAAACGGAUGGCGUUCUUCUACCCGUCGUUGAGCAUUCCAAUGGCGCACUGCGAUGGCGGAUCAAGUGCUGCACGGUCCCCGUCUCAAUCACCAAACCAACAGAGCAACAGUGGGCGACAUUGGAUGUUAGCUGGCCGUCUAGCAUAUUUAUGUCGCUCAACGACCGACCUCUUGAUGUCCGCCGGGUACAGCACAAUGGGAAGGAUCUGCCCACAGAAAUCACCGACUUCGUCAUCUGUGGCACUAACACUCUCAAAAUAAGCAUCCCUGACGUGCACAGGGGUAGCGCCCCGAACCGUUUCGUGGCAGUGGAGCUGCUCGAGACGCUCAAUCACUCCACCAUCCUCAAGUCUGUCUGGUCAGACGGCCUGAUACCCGAAGAAGAGACGCUUGCAACUAUCAAAAAGCGCUUAGAACCAACGGCGGACGACGAUGUGUGCUUUGAGGCACCUGACCUCUCGAUCGACCUGGCCGACCCCUUCACAUCGACCAUUUUCAACAUUCCCGCACGCGGCGCCGCGUGUACGCACAUGGAGUGCUUUGACCUCGAGACAUGGCUCAACACGCGACCGUCUAAACCGCAGAUUAAGUGUCCGCACAAACUGGUGAAGUGUACCUGUCCCAACACCCCGGAGCCAUCGAACCCGGAUAAGUGGCGUUGUCCCAUCUGCUCGAAGGAUGCGAGGCCGUAUAGUCUGCGGAUCGAUAUCUUCUUGCUCAAGGUCCGCACGCAGUUGGAACGGGAGGGGAAGCUGGGGACCAAGAGCAUGCGGGUGAAGGCAGAUGGGAGCUGGUCGGUCGUGCUUGAGGAGGACGAGGAUGGAGAAAGUGACGGGGAGGGUCCUACUGCGCGGUCGGCUUCGGCUUCCGUGAGGGCGAACCAGCCGGCACCGACGACAGGUGUGAGGAAAGAAGUGGAAGUCAUUGAGAUUGACUGA